AUUACCACGGCGGCCGCUCCCGCAGGAAGAGCGUUCCCGGUGGGAAGCAGUUCAGCAUCAACAUGGACGCGCCGCCCGCACCCCCCUUCCGGCCCUCGCAAGGCUUCCUGAGCCGGCGCCUCAAGAGCUCCAUCAAGCGCACCAAGAGCCAGCCCAAGCUGGACCGGACCAGCAGCUUCCGGCAGAUCCUGCCGCGCUUCCGCAGCGCCGACCACGACAGGGCGCGGCUGAUGCAGAGCUUUAAGGAGUCGCACUCCCACGAGUCGCUGCUGAGCCCCUCGAGCGCGGCCGAGGCGCUGGAGCUCAACCUGGACGAGGAUUCCAUCAUCAAGGCCGUGCACAGCAGCAUCCUGGGCCAGGAGUUCUGCUUCGAG